ACCCAGGUUGAUUGAUUUUUUUCUGAUAGUUGCUAACUAGAUAAAUAAAUCUGAAGUUCCUUUUUUGAGUCUUCACUCAUUGAACUUUGAGUUCUAUUGCCUGUUAUUGAUGUCACUCUUCUUUAUUUGGCCUUCUUCAUUGCAGCAUAAAAAAGUGAGCUCCAAUUUGAGGUGCUUAAAGACUAAACAUGAGUCUAGCAUGUCUCGUGUGCCAUAGUGUAGAAAGUCCUUCGCGCUCUAUCAGGAGUUACUCUGUCUCGAGCUCAGACAAUGAGGGAAGAUGUUCUGCAAUGGCAAAUUGCUUAACCAGGAAGUUAUCUGUUCCAGCUCCGAGAUCAAAUCCAUCCAUGCCAUCAACAUCCAAGGUCACCCCACAUCCAAGCUUCCAGAACCCUAGUGGAAUGGCAGGAGCCCCACGGCUAGUCCGAAGUCAUGCUGUGAGAAGGGAUCUUGUGAGGGACUGGAACUUCGAUGAGCUUCUGAUGGAGCGCUAGUUUGUGGUUAGGAGAGUGGGGGGCCUUCUCUCCCAUCGGGAUAGCAUUAGAGCUUUAUCUUUGCUCUCUUUUUUUUCCCUAUGUUAUGCUAGAUUCCCUUGUAGGUGCAAAUGCAAUUGAACUUACUUUUCCACCAGAAGAGUUUGAGCAUUUGUUACCAUCUUAGUAAAUACUAAAUCUGAAAUAGUGUUCACACUUCUCAUUCCUUUGCUCUUUGAGGUUUGCACUUUU